AGUCCCCUGUCUCCCUGUCACCUGUGUACGCUGGACAUAGCCGUAUACUUAUUCUUUCGAUAUGACGGUGGCCAGAUCACUUGCACACGCCACACUGACAUUCACCUGAUCUCUCCCGCCUCCCCACCUGUCCUUGUUCCCGUCCUGAACGCUCUCCACAUUGGCGCCUUCCCCCCCCUCGACAUCCCCCCCCUCAGUGCUAUUCUGCAUCCUUGUCACCGUUUCCGUCUGCCACUCUUCACCCCGCCCGAGACAGGUAUAAAGCUCUGGGCAGGGGCAUGGGAUGGAGCGUGGUCUGCCGCUCCUGCCCGCGUCAGUGAUCGAGGGGGUGCUGGAUGUGACGACAGUGUACUACAUCACGAUAGAAACGAGGGAUAGUGACCGUCCCACGCCACUCUACUCCUCCUGCCAGGUGUCUCCGGUGCAGAGAACGACAGCAUCCAAGAACCGACCAGUCGCCACCGUCCGUCCUUUCUCCGCCACAGGGAAAGGCGAGCAGCAGAAACACGAGACACUAUUUGAUUCAGAAUUCGAAGAAAAAGAUAUAAAACAAUCGACAUUAUACGAAGAUUUUGGGGAAGAGGACGAAGACUUCUCUAACGAAAAUACCGUGGAGUAUAGUAGCUGUGACUCUGGGGAAGUCAGUGACAGCUGCAGCGCUGCCAAAUUCGACUCAUCUUGUGAACCGCAAGAGGAAGACCGAGCUUUUCCCUCACCAGUACAACCAAUAGAAGAAACACCACCGUCCCCUCAACUUCCACGUCCCCGACUCCAGUCACUACCAACACCUCCACCGUCAUCGUCACCGUCACCGUCACCGUCACCACCCUCAGAGACAAAACCACAAUCACAGGUAACAGGGCCCCAAGAGAACCCAGAUCCGUGCAGGUGCCAUCGAGAGAAGCUCCGCGCAGUACUUGGGAAACUUUCGACUUUCUCAACGGGAAGAAUGGAGGUUUGUCAGAAUGGCGGAGAGUGUCACGAGGGCCAGGGGUGCAACACCGACUUCGUGGCCAGCCUGAAGGAGAGCCGCUCCAAGGAGACCUGCCUCACCGAGUGUCUGGACGAAUUCCUGGAAGAGUUGCAGCUGACUCACCUGCGAGAUUAUCUGAAGGUGUUAGGCUGUACGUGUGUCCGGGACCUAAAGCUUCUCGAGGAGCCAGAGCUCAACGCUAUACAGCUCGUGUCCCGCCGCCGCCUCCUGCAGCGUCUGGAGAACAUGAGCCUCCACCACGAAUCACCCCCAUCGGACUGCUCGCUGGAGGGCUGGCUCACCUGGUACGGCUUGACGCACAUCGCAGGCUUCCUCAACGCCAUCGGAGUGCUCACCGUGGGCGACAUGAGUUACCUUAAGGAGGAGGACCUCGAGCUGCUUAAGCCUGUCACCCGCAGGAGAAUUCUCAGCCUGUACAGAAAGUAGAACAAAUAGAGGUGUGGACAUAAUUGAUGUAAAGCGGUAUUGGUGGACGAGGGCUCGUUCCUCGUGUGUGUGAUAUCAAGUGUAGUGUGUUGUUCCAGGAGAGAAGGCGUCGUAAGAGAUCGUGGCAAAUUACAGAGGUCGCACCUGCCGCAGAGGAUCACAUCAGAUAUGCUUUUGGACACAGCUGAAUUGAGUUGAAAUACCUUUGAACCUUUUCUUUCCUUCACCCUUGUUGCCUCCUGAUCCCUCUCCUUCCACCUCCUUUACAGGGGUUUCCUCCCAGCCACAUGUCUGCUUCAUAUGGCAAGUCAGUUUCGUUUCACAAUGGUUUGUACAGUGAUAUACGACGUAUGUUUACUGUUUAGGUCACAUUUACUGUUUUCAAUAAAAUGUGCACCAUGAACAAAA